CUUUGCAACUUGCCCGGGAAGGUGGAGGGGCGAGAGGGGGAGGGGGAGCUCCGCACGAGACCGAGCGGCCCGGGUUGGAGCGCCCAGCCCCGCAGCGGAUCAUGGUGCAGCAGGCCGAGAGCUUGGAAGCGGAGAGCAACCUGCCCCGGGAGGCGCUGGACACGGAGGAGGGCGAAUUCAUGGCUUGCAGCCCGGUGGCCCUGGACGAGAGCGACCCGGACUGGUGCAAGACGGCGUCGGGCCACAUCAAGAGGCCGAUGAACGCGUUCAUGGUGUGGUCCAAGAUCGAGCGCAGGAAGAUCAUGGAGCAGUCUCCGGACAUGCAUAACGCCGAGAUCUCCAAGAGGCUGGGGAAGCGGUGGAAAAUGCUGAAGGACAGCGAGAAGAUCCCGUUCAUCCGGGAGGCGGAGCGGCUGCGGCUCAAGCACAUGGCCGACUACCCCGACUACAAGUACCGGCCCCGGAAAAAGCCCAAAAUGGACCCCUCGGCCAAGCCCAGCGCCAGCCAGAGCCCCGAGAAGAGCGCGGCGGGCGGCGGCGGCGGCGCGGGCGGCGCCAAGACCUCCAAGGGCUCGAGCAAGAAAUGCGGCAAGCUCAAGGCCCCCACGGCCCCCGCGGCCGGCGGCGCCAAGGCCGGCGCGGGCAAGGCGGCCCAGCCCGGGGACUACGGCGGCGCGGGCGACGACUACGUGCUCGGCAGCCUGCGCGGGAGCGGCGCGGGCGGCGGCGGCGGCGGCGCGGGCAAGACGGUCAAGUGCGUGUUCCUGGACGAAGACGACGAGGACGACGAGGACGACGACGAGCUGCAGCUGCGGAUCAAGCAGGAGGCGGACGAGGAGGACGAGGAGCCGCCGCACCCGCAGCUCCUGCAGCCGCCCGGGCAGCAGCCGCCGCAGCUGCUGAGACGCUACAACGUCGCCAAAGUGCCCGCCAGCCCCACGCUGAGCAGCGCGGCCGAGUCCCCCGAGGGCGCGAGCCUCUACGACGAGGUGCGGGCCGGCGCGACCGCGGGCGCCGGGGGCGGCAGCCGCCUCUACUACAGCUUCAAGAACAUCACCAAGCAGCACCCGCCGCCGCUGGCGCAGCCCGCGCUGUCGCCCGCGUCCUCGCGCUCCGUCUCCACCUCCUCCUCCUCCUCCUCGUCGUCGUCCUCGUCCAGCAGCAGCAGCGGCAGCAGCAGCAGCAGCAGCGGCGGCGAGGACGCCGACGACCUGAUGUUCGACCUGAGCUUGAAUUUCUCCCAAAGCGCGCACAGCGCCGGCGAGCAGCAGCUGGGGGGCGGCGCGGCGGCCGGGAACCUGUCCCUGUCUCUGGUGGAUAAGGAUUUGGAUUCGUUCAGCGAGGGCAGCCUGGGCUCCCACUUCGAGUUCCCCGAUUACUGCACGCCCGAGCUGAGCGAGAUGAUCGCGGGGGACUGGCUGGAGGCGAACUUCUCCGACCUGGUGUUCACGUAUUGAGAGGGGCGCCCCGCUUCUCGCUCUUUCUCUCGGCGGGUGCAGAGCAGGGCUCCUUGGGAGGAAGUCGUGGUGGUCGUGAGGAGGAGGAGGCGGAGGAGAGGUGGUGGUGUCGAUGGUGGUGGCGGUAGGGUGGAGGGGAGAGAAGAAGAUGCUGAUAUUGAUAUGAUGUCGUGACACAAAGAAAUUGGAAAAGAUGAUGAAAAUUUUGGUGGAGUUAAAGUGAAAUGAGUAGUUUUGAAACAUUUUUCCUGUCCUUUUUUUUGUCCCCCCUCCCUUCCUUGAUCGUGUCUCAAGGUAGUUGCAUACCUAGUCUGGAGUUGUGAUUUUUUUCCCCCUCAAACGUGUUUUUGUAAUUAUUAUUAUUUUUUUUUUCUGAAAUUCGCGAUUGCAACA